UGAAAUCAAUAUAUGUUAUUUUCGACGUGGACACGUCUUGCGUCUCGGAACGGAUUACGACGAAUAGGACCGAAAUAAGUAAACACCCGGGUUUGAGCGGUGGGAAACAGAGAUGUGAGUGCUAAUUAGGUAAAGUGGGGAUGUGUGAUAAAGUGAACCCUUCUAUCAGGAAGAAAUAAUGCAAACAGACGUGUCCACGGUAGAAACUCUACUUGAUUACAUCUUCGUUCAGUUUCUGUGAUGAUUUGUUCUGUUACAAGAGUCGAUUAAAAUGGCAAUAUCAUCGAGGAGAAAUCCUGUGGAGACGGCUAACUGCAUCAGCAAACUCUUUUUUUGGUGGACGAUUGAUUUAUUUAGAAGAGGUGCCAAAUAUGGCUUGCAACCAGAGGAUAUCUACGAUCCACCGAGCAGCGACGAGUCCGAAAGACUAGCAAACCGUCUGGAGUCAGCAUGGCUAAUGGAGCUGGAAAAGCUGAAGCACAUGGAGUACAAAAUCGAUGCCGAUGGAAAUAAAAUAGCGACAUCACCGCGACCGAGUUUGGCGAGAGCGAUAAUUCGAACAUUCUGGCCGGGUCUGGUUCGCGACAGUUUCCUCCUGUUAAUUUCCGUGGUGGUACUGAGAUCCGUGCAGCCGAUAUUUCAGGGUCUAGUGAUCAGUUAUUUCGGGACUAAUGCGGCGGGACCAACAAAGGAUGAGACCCUCCUGUGGGCUUUAGGUCUGAUCCUCACGACGGUCGGUGUGACAUUCAUCACUCAUCACACCUCUCUCAGCACACAACGCGUUGGCAUGCAGGUCAGGGUUGCCUGCUCAUCCCUCAUCUACCGAAAGAGCUUGAAGCUGAGUAAAGCAUCGCUGAAUAAAACAACACCGGGACAAGUAGUCAAUAUUCUAAGUAAUGACGUCAGUCGCUUCGACAUGCUCCCCAUGUACCUUCCCCACCUGUUCAUCAUGCCAAUACAGAUUAUCGUGAUCGGCUCUAUAAUGUGGACCGGAAUCGGAUUAUCCACGUUAGUUGGCAUCGCUACCCUCCUAGUAAUGACAAUCCCCCUCCAAGUACUAAUUUCCCAACAAGGUGGAAAAUUGAGAGGAAAAAUAGCCAGACUGACCGACAGACGAGUGCAACUGAUGAAUGAACUGAUCUCCGGAAUUCAAGUAAUAAAAACAUACGCCUGGGAAAAACCGUUCAACAAAAUAGUCUCCCUCACCAGAAGGGCCGAAGUGAAGUCCAUAAUGUCUUCCGCAUCUCUGAAAGCGUUGUACCUGGGCCUGAUUGUGAUAACAGAAAGAACUACUCUAUUUACCUCGGUGGUGUCAUUCAUCCUCCUGAAGAAUAGAAUGUCAGCCCAAAUCACGUUCCAGUUGGCGACUUAUUUCAAUGCCUUUCAGCUCGCCUGCGCCAUAUCAUUUCCACAAGCCCUGAUAAUGGGAGACGAGGCGCUCAUCUCCAUACGGAGACUCGAGAAGUUCCUUCUACUGGACGAGAUUGAAUAUCCCUCGGAUGAUUCUAAAUCGAAUCAGCAAACAUUCCCCAAAUCAAUAAGUUCUCCAAAAUCAGCAGUUACGGUUAACUUACAACACGUGUCCGCGAAUUGGGAGAUUGGCCAGUUGCCCCCAACGCUCUGUAACGUGUCCAUGAAAAUUGAGGGUGGAAAAUUGUGCACAUUAGUGGGACACGUCGGUUCCGGGAAAUCAUCUCUCUUGAAUCUCCUGCUGAACGAGCUGCCAGUCGGCGCCGGGACUGUCCAAUUGUCCCAGUUCGGCGAGUCUGUUGCCCCCACGAAUGCCUCGUCUCGUGGAUUCAUCAAGGACCAUUUGGAUAUGAAGAUCUCGUUCGCCAGUCAGGACGCCUGGCUGUUCUUCGGCUCAUUGAGAGAGAAUAUUCUCUUCGGGCAGCCGUACGAUCCCCAGAGAUAUCAGGAAGUUACGCGAGUCUGUUCAUUAGUCCGAGACUUUAAACAACUGCCAGAAGGGGACAUGACAGUGGUGGGUGAGCGUGGAAUGUCCCUGUCUGGUGGUCAAAGGGCCCGGAUCAACCUGGCCCGAGCGAUUUACCGCCAGGCUGAUCUCUACCUCCUGGACGAUCCCCUGAGUGCCGUUGACGCACGCGUAGCUCGCCGUCUCUUCAAAGACUGCAUUGUUGGAUAUCUGAAGGGAAAAACUCGAAUUCUUGUGACCCAUCAACUGCACUUCCUCGAACAAGCGGACGUCAUCGUUGUUCUGGAGAAGGGCACAGUCAAGUGUCAGGGGACGUUCGAUGAACUGUCGAGUUCCAAUGAAGACUUCCACGAGGUGCUGAAUCAAAUGCAAAAAAAAGAAGCCGAGGAGAAUCCGGGAGAAGAAGAGCAGCUUGAUGAUCUCGAUGAGGAUUUUGUUGCAGCGCAAAGACUCGAGGUUCCCUUCAUCAAUCACAUUCGGGAGGGUACCGCGGGACGGAGACGGAGAGUAUCACAACUGAGUUCGGGAAAAUCAUCGAUAAGAUCCGUCGAGAGCUUCGCUUAUGAUAAUGAGGCGGCAGCGGCGGAAGCAAUGGACAAAAGAAAAGCUAUAGCUGAAGUCAUGGGCUCGGGUAUAUUGCCAUGGAGUGUUUACAGUCGUUAUUUUCGAGCUGGGAGUACCUUUUGUGCACUGAUAUUGCUCAGCCUGCUAUUCAUCCUGGGACAGGCCGCUACCACGAGUGUAGACUACUGGAUCACCUACUGGACGAAUGUAGAAAUCAUCAGGAAUGCUCUGGAGGAUGUGAAUGGCGACUACUCAGCCCUCAGACCUGAUUACUUGUCAUAUAUCAAUGUCUCGGUGUGGAGGGACCUAUCCUGGUUGGACGAUGAUGGACUUCUUGUUACGGAGUACUCAAUAUAUAUCUACACCUUCUGCAUUGUCUGCUGCAUUGUAUUCGUCAUGUUGAGGAGCAUUCUUUUCGUCAGAGUAUGCAUGAAGAGCAGCAGGCGCUUGCAUGGGAUGAUGUUUGCUAAUGUUCUUGGUGCCCCGAUGGUGUUUUUCAAUACAAAUUCUACUGGACGUAUUCUCAACCGAUUUUCAAAGGACAUCGGAGCCAUCGACGAACUACUUCCUAAAGCUAUGUUGGAAUGCCUCCAAAUAUUUUUCGUGCUGAUGAGCAUCUUGAUAAUGAUCAUCAUCGUCAAUUACUGGAUGAUAAUUCCAACUAUUGUUGUGGCAGUACUGUUCUACUUCCUCCGGUAUUAUUUCAUGGAUUCAGCGCAAGAUAUCAAGAGAAUUGAAGGCAUCACCAAGAGCCCGGUGUUCUCUCAUGUAGCUACAACCAUGAACGGCCUGUCGACUAUCAGAAGCCGUGGGGCAGAGGUUCAGGUGAUGUUGCAGAAGGAGUUUGACAGGUAUCAGGAUAAACAUACGGGCUCGUGGUACCUCAUAUUGGCAACGCAGUCUGCAUUUGGACUUGUUCUUGAUCUUGUAUCCUGUGUAUUCAUCGCAUGCGUGUGCUAUUCACUAAUUCUGAUGGAUCAUGGGGAUACCAUGAGUGGAUCAGUUGGUCUCGCCAUUUCUCAGUCGCUAAUCCUCACUGGGAUGCUUCAGUAUGGUGUGAGACAGAGCACGGAAGUCCAAUCCCAGAUGACAGCAGUCGAGCGAGUGCUAGAGUACAGUGAUCUUCCUCAAGAGGAGGCCGAAGAAUCCUCGAGCCCACCGCCCCCCAAUUGGCCGUCCAGUGGGAGAAUUCAAUUCAGAAAUGUUUUUAUGAGUUACAAGAAGGACGAUACACCUGUCCUGAAAAAUCUCAACAUUACAAUCGAACCUGGAUGGAAGGUGGGGGUCGUCGGUCGCACAGGAGCUGGAAAAUCUUCACUCAUUCAGGCACUCUUCCGGCUGACUGGAGAAGGUCUGCAGGGAGAGAUUCUGAUUGACGAGAGGGACACCAAAAACAUCAGUCUCCCUCAUCUUCGCUCUAAUAUUUCCAUCAUCCCACAGGAACCAGUUCUUUUCUCUGAAAGUUUGAGGUACAAUCUCGAUCCAUUUGAGAAAUACCCUGAUGAUGCCCUAUGGCGGGUGCUCAAUGAAGUUGAGCUUAAUGGAGUGAUGCUGGACCAGAUGGUGACUGAGGGGGGCACCAAUUUCAGUGUUGGACAGAGACAGCUCAUCUGCUUGGCAAGGGCUAUCCUCAGGAACACUCGGAUUCUCGUGCUUGAUGAAGCAACUGCUAAUAUUGAUACUCGAACUGAUGAAAUGAUUCAGCACACAAUAAGAACGAAAUUCUCCGAAUGUACAGUGAUCACGAUCGCCCACCGCCUCAACACAAUAAUCGACAGUGAUCGAGUGGUGGUGAUGGAGGGAGGACGAAUGGUGGAAUGCUCAACUCCCUAUGAGCUACUCACACAAAAGCCCCCGACUCAAUUCGCAAAAAUGGUAAAUGAAACUGGUACCGAAAUGGCGAAUAAACUCCUGGGGGUGGCUUCCGCGUGCUACCACCAACGAGGCGCACUGUUCUCCCAGAGAAAUCGACGUUCCAGCGAUGCUGAUACCAUAGAGAUUUAAUUAGACCUGGAGAAGGAGAAGAGGAGAUGGGAAAAAUGGAUACAUGUUGUAUGUAGUUAUGGACACUCGUUACGAAGACUGAAAAGUCUACUUUACGAUGGACACACAAUCGUUUCAGUAACUGUUGAAUGAUUUUUGUUAUCAGUAAGGAGAACUCAGUGAAAAAUGCACCAAUAUUAUAUCAUGAAAACGACCGGCGAUCGUUAAAGUAGAUAAAUUUAUUCAUUUGGCAAACGGGGAAAUUAAAAUUAAUGAAGACUGAUUGCUCCGGUAAAAAUAAAUCUAUUUAUAUUUCACUUCAUGAUUUAGAUGCGAUAAUACAGUUGCUUGGGAACAGAAUCCUUUGGACAAGAAUAAAUGUCUUUCAAUUUUGA